UCAUGUCUCGCGAGCAGAGGACACAUGCCGGGGGAUUUGGCUUAACUGCAUGAACCAAGUGUAUGAAAGACACAAUAAAGACUUUCCCCAAGACAAGGUGGAACAGCGUAUGCCGAAGCCUGCAUGGCUAGUGGAAGGAUCUAGUUCUGAAUAUGCAAACUCCAGAUACCAGGCGAACUCUGAUUUAAUUGGCAUUCCAGGAGCAUGCGGAGCUCUGCCAGGGCUCAGCCCUCGGGAGCUCCCAAGGCUCCUGGACAAGGUGGUCCCACCUAUAGCCAGGUUACUGCUGGUCUGAAGGUGGGUAUAAUGGAUAGGAAGUAUCCAGAGGUGAUUUUGGAAAUGGACCAAUUGAAGGCCACCAAAAAUUCGAUCAUGGAGCAAAUCAUUGCGCUGGGAAAAGAGGACGCUAUAAAGCCUACGUUCCAGCAAUUGCACAUGAGGCCAGUCUGGCUUGGUCUGACAUGCUCUGAUAAAGCCACUGUUGAGUGGCUCAGAAGCAUACAGCCAAAACUAAAACCCUGGAAGGGAGCUGAUCUGAGUAUCGCUGAAGAGGCAGAACUGCCUCACCCGGAGAUCCUGGUCGGCUAUCUCCUAGACAGUCAGGAUCUCUCCACCGAGGAAGUUUACAAGGUGGUUGAGAACCAGAACGCAGGGUUCAAAACCUCUAGCUGGAGAGUCAUUCGAAGGGGACCAUCAGGACCCAUGCUCGAGUUUUUCAUCUCGGCUGUUAGAGCAUCGGUCGAGAGACUUAAAGCACAGAAUUGGCGAAUAAACUAUCUAUUCGGCCAAACAAAUCUUCGCCUUAAGGGACCAAAGGCAACGAUCGAGAGUAGAGAAGCACCUCAGGCCUGAACCUCUAGUCCGGCGCUGAAAAGGCCUAAAGGGGAGGUAACGGAGAAGGUGGUGAAGCCUCCAGGCAAUGAAGAGGCCUCAAAACCAACCACCAGCUCUGGGAGGAGAGCUGUUCUUCGAAGGCGUGAGGAGGGGGGGGGUCCGACGGGGUAAAACCUGCGGUUCCCUCCGAAGAGCCUAGCGGACAUCCAACCUCAUAAGGGGCAGAUGUCUGACAUGCCUUCAGAUGAACCUCCAGCACUCGAAGGCAGCCUCUAGUGCCUUAUGCUGGAGAACGUUUAGAAGGCAUAUUGAUAUAGGGCUGAUACAAGAGCCCUGGAUCAAUGGAGGCCAAGUAAGAGGCCUACCAAACAAAGUAUAUCAGACGAUAUACUGUGAUAACUCAAGUUCCUGACAAGGGAUCUUGCUGCGGCAUUGGUUGAGGUGCGAACUGAGAGCAUCAAGAGGCAGCUGGUUAUCGCCUCAGGA